UCCUAUGCCGGGCGCGCAUCUUGAGCUGUUAUUAGUUUGCAGAUUAAUCGAUUGGUUGCGAUGGGUCUUCUGCAGCAUAUUUACCAAGCUGUGUUUGUUGUGUUGUGUUGCACUCUCCAGCCAAUAAUUCCUUUCGAGCACUCAAGAUUUUUGAAUUAAACUUCGAUUCACUUGGUGCGUUUUGGAAGGAAGGCUCUAUUAAUGAAUUGACGCGUGUGUGUACUUUGAACUGCAUAAAAAAGUUAAUCAAGUAUGGAUGGAAGCUCUCAAGAGUGGUUGCAAUGGGAACAGGAUUACGCUCAGUGGCAAGCGCAGUAUGGACUGCAGUACGAAAUGAUGCAACAAAACAUUGGCCAAAUUCCGCAUCAAACCAAUGACUUCGGCUUCCAGCCGAGAGGCGGCCGCGGGGGGCGUGGUGGAGUAAUCAGAGGCGGCCGAGGCCGCGGUGGUCAGCAGCAGCAGUGGUCGCCAGGCGGAGGGCCCAAUCAGCGGGGCAGAGGCUGGAACAACUCAUUACCAAAUAUGAGAAGAGGAGGCGCCAACAACACAGGACAGUGGGGCGGGAAUAAUCAGCAAAACGAAAACUCCUGGCAGAAGCCGCAAAGUGACGACUCUUGGGGAAACCAGCCGCAGCAACCGCAAUGGGGCGCGCAGGCUUUAAAGGUGGACAACCAGCCUCAGCAGCAGUUCAACAUGAGGGGCCGUGGGCGAGGGGGCACUCCUCGUGGGGGUGGCUUCGGUAAGCAACAGGAGUUGCCUGGUCCAGGAGCAGCGGUGGUUGUUCCACCACCGGCAAUGCUGGAACUAAGUAGACAGCCGCCUCCUCCCCCUCCACCCCAGGAGGAGCCCUCAAUGCCCCCCAUCCCCUCCCUGAUGCAGGCGAUUGUGCAGCAAUCAGCUGUCGAAGUCAAAGAGGAAAUGUCUGAGGCUGAGAAAGAGUUUGAUCUGCAAUUCAAAAACUGGGAAGAACAGUUCAACAGCUGGAAGGAAGAGAACAAACAGCAUCCUGACAGACGACAGUAUGAAGAAUAUGAGAGAAAGAUGGAGAAAUUCAGGGAACAGCUUUUGUCUCGACGGGAACAGAUGAAGAAAAAGCGGGAAGCGGAGACCAAAGCAAGCCAAAAUGUGACAUCGGGUAACCCCAUACUUAAUGCGGAGCUCGCCGCCUUCACGGCCAUCUGGGAGAAAGGGCCAGCAGAGGACCCCAAAGCAAAAGUCAACACUAUUCAGGAAACCCUCAAGCAGAUGGCAAACUACAGGCCGGUCACAGGGGCGAUGCCAAGCAGCAUCCCUGGACUGGAUGUGGAUGCAACCGUCAAGGAGGAAACCCUGCAGCCUCCAGGCACAGAGCCAGUGGAAAACCCCAAACCCAAUGUGCCAGUUAAAGAAGCUCCAACCCCUCCAUCACCCCCAGCUGGUUUUGUGCCGCCAGCGAACAGAUUCAACCAGGGACACCAGGCAAACAACCCAUUGCCUCCUGGACACCUGUCCGGAAAUCAACCGGGUCCCUUGGCAGGAAAUCAACCCAGCCCCACAGCCAGGAAUCAGCCAAAUCUCAUGGCCGGCAAUCAGUGUGGUCCUAUAACUAUGAACCAGCAUAGUCCCAUGGGCGGAAAUGAGCCUAGUCCCAUGGCUGGGAAUAAGCUAGGUCCCAUGGCUGGAAAUCAGCCAGGUAACAUGGGCAGGAAUGAGUUUAUAGCUAUGGGCAGAAAUCAGCCAGGUCCCAUGGGCAGAAAUCAGCCAGGUCCCAUAGGCAGAAAUCAUCCAGGUCCCAUAGGCAGAAAUCAGCCUGGUCCCAUGGCUAGGAAUCAACCAGGCCCUCCGCAGGGUGCGCCUUUCCAUCAAAACAACUUUCGACAGGAGCAAAACUUCUUUGAGGAUGAUUUCAUGGAUGACAACCAAGAAAUGGCUGCCAUGCAUGAGCGCUUCUCUGAGGACAGCAACGAUGGCCGCAAAAACGGCAGGUCUGAGGUAGACAAUGUCGGCACACUGCCUCCUGACUUCAACCCAUGGAUAGAUCUGGACAGUGACGAGGAGCUGCCACCGUACAUGUACGACAAAAGCCCUAGUAAACUGGCACCCUCAGAGAAACAGCAGUGGCAAGGCAGCCAAGGCAACUUCCAGGACCAAGGACCACCUAGAAGGGACUUUGGUCCUCCCAGUGGAGAUUUUGGUCCACCCAGAGAAGACUUUGGUCCGCCCAGAGGAGACUUUGGUCCACCCAGAGGAGACUUUGGUCCGUCCAGAGGGGACUUUGGUCCAAACAGAAUGGAUUUUGGUCCACCAAGAGGGAACUUUGGUCCGCAGGGUGACACUGGUCUCAGGCCCAAUGACCAGAACCAGCGGUGGAAUGAAUUCAGGGAACACGACAUUGAUGACAGGGGACGUGAUAGAGAUGACAGGGGACGCGAUGUUGACGAUAGGCUAUUGCCACAAGGAGACAACCGAGGCCCGUUCAAACCAUAUCAGGAAGAGAUGUUGAGGCCUGAUCAAAGGCCCGGACACGGGGGACCUCCACUGCCAAGCCGAGUGGAAGAAGUGGCUGAGUACAAGGCGAAAACAGUAAUCGAGUACGACCACAAGGAGUUGAACGUGAUGACUCCCGCUAUGACGCCUGCAACGCCAGUUGCUGCAAACAAAAAGAAGCGCGUGUUUAAGGCGCCUGUCAAAAUUUAUGACUACUGUCACUCGUCCGAAAGUGAACCCACAAUUCACACACCUGAUCCUUUCGAGUAUGAUCGUACACAAUAUGUUAAGUGGGAGGAAGAAGAAAGACGCAGGCACGAGAGAGAACGAGAAAGAGAGCGGUGGAUACAGGAGGAUAGGAGACGAUAUUCUCGACACAGAGAUUGGGAUAGAGCAGGCAGAGAGAAGGGUGAAAAAAGUGACUCUUUCCCAGACAGAGGCAUUCAAAGGUCCAGAGACCGAUCUGAACACAGAUACAGAGAAGACCGGCCUGAGAAACCACAUGACCGAGAUGAGCGAGAAAACAGUUCAGAAUCACGGCCAGAGAGGCAUCCUUCGCCAAAGCAGUCGCGGAACAGCAGGAGCAACAAUAGCCAUAGUUCCAACCAGGAAUCGUCAAGCAAAAGUAGCGGGCCGCCCCAAAAGAUAUUUAACAUCCCUGAUGAGGCAGAGAAGUCAUGCAUAGAGGAGCUGUUGUGCUUGCCAGGUCGUGUGCAGCGACCGUCAAAGUUCGCCAUCUUCAUGCGAGGGCUGCCUGGCAGCGGCAAAAGCCACGUAGCUAAGCUGAUCAAGGACAAGGAGGUGGAAAACGGUGGAAACGCACCCAGGAUCCUUAAUCUCGAUGAUUACUUCAUGGUUGAAGUUGAAACAGAAGUUCAAGACCCUGAAACUAACAGGAAAAUUAAAUCCAAGGAAAUGAAGUAUGAGUAUGAGGCUGAGAUGGAGGACGCAUACCGGCAGAGCUUGGUGAAGGCGUUCCGCAAGACAAUCGAUGAGGGCUUCUUCCCCAUCAUAGUGGUGGACUGCGUGAACGACAAAGUGAAACACUUUGAAGAGAUGUGGCAUUACGCGAGCGCAAAGGGUGUCAAGACGUUUGUGGCCGAGCUGCCUGAGGAAGCGAGCGUGUGCGCGGCGCGCAACGAGCACGGCCGCACGCUGCAGCAGAUCGAGCAGAUCGCGGCCAAGUGGGAGCCAACGCCACCCAACUUCACUAAAUUAGAGGUCAAGGGCCUGCUCAACAAUACCAAAACUGCAAUUGAGGUUGAGACUGAAGAGGUGAGCGACAACGAGGAUGGAACUGAGGACAUAGAGGCGGAUAAUCAAUUUUCUGCCCAUGUCGAACUCCCUACAAGUAAAUGGGACGCGGUGGAUACCGAGGACAAGCUAGACAAGCUGGAUGGCAUCAAGAAGCGGCCCGCCAACAGGGAGGCCUCCUCAAUGGAAGAUUGGCUAGGUCUGGAGGAGAUGGAUGAUGCUCCUCUCGAGCCAGGAAAGAAAAGAGUGCGCUGGGCCGACGUGGUGGAGCGGAAGGAGCAGGAGAAGAUGCGGGCCAUCGGCUUCGUGGUAGGACAAACCGACUGGAACCGAAUGAUGGACCCAACGUUUGGCGGCGGUGCUCUGACCAGGACCAAGUAUAUUUGAGCGCUAACUUUUUAUUAAAAAUAAAAAAUCGUGAUUUAAAAUACAACAGAAA